AUGGAUUACGAGAAGCCAGAAGCCAUAAACCCGCAAGUGUACCAGCAUGUAGGCCAUCAAAGCCCACAGCCCGAUGGCGAGGCCACGCUCCACGGCUUCGACGAACCCGUAGUUCCGGAGGACAAGCGCGAGUUCCGUAGCGACAGUCUUUGGUAUGGCUCCCAUAUGAAGCGCGCUACCUACCUUGCCCGGCCUAGGCUUGACGAUGGCAUUUUUACUAACCUGGGCAUGAUUACGCAACAACAGGCGGGUACUUCACGAGCGUCAUAUCAAUGUCUAUUUCUCGGGAGCGGAAGAUCGCUGGCCAGUGCCGGACCGGGCGGCGCUGUUGUGGCCUACAUUCUCAUGGGAACGGUCAUUUCGUCGGUGAUCAGUUGCUUGGGCGAGAUGACCGCGCUGAUGCCUGUCAAUGCCCCGGUUAUGGAAUUCCCCCGUCGCUUCAUCAGUCGCGGCGUCGGUUUCGCCGUCGGCUGGAUCUACUGGUUCGCAUAUGCCGUCCUCGCAGGACAGCAACUAGUCGCCCUCUCAAACGCUAUCAAGUUCCGGUACGACGACGGGAAAACAUUCCUGAGCUGGGAAACCGGCGAACGGGUGGAUAAUGCCGUGUGGAUCUCGGUAUUCCUGGUCCUAGUCGUGACGUUCAAUAUGUUUCCAGUCCGAGUGUUCGGGGAGCUUGAGUAUGUUUUCGGAUGUUUCAAGCUUAUGUUCAUCGUCAUGCUCAUCAUGAUGAUGUUCUUUUUGUCUAUCGUUCAACCCCGCGGGGAUGCGUACCACACGGAGCCACUGGGCACACGUUAUUGGAAUACCCCGUAUUCAUUCUUCAACCCGGCCUACAUCGCCAAGGACGAGAACCUUGAGACCACCCACAUUAUUACCGGCUCCCUCGGAACCCUUAUUGGUGUUUGGACAACAUUUACCAGCGUCCUAUUCUCGUAUAUUGGGAUGGACAUUGUUGCCGCCACCGCCGCAGAGAGCCGAGCACUAGCCGACGUGGAAAGUAUGAAAAUGGCGGCUCGGAAGAUCAACCUGCGCGUCAUCACGCUCUACGCCAUUGCUAUGCUAACGGCUUCGUUCGUCGUACCGAUGGAUCAUCCAUUCAUCAACGGCAAAGCGUCAUCUGUGAGCGCCCGCUCGGUUUUCAUCAUCGCAGUCGUGGAGGCGGGCAUGCCAAACGCUGCUCAUUUUUUCAACGCCGUCUUUUGCUUCUCGGCCUUUACCUGCGCCAUCAACUCCAUGUAUAUUGCCACGAGGGUUCUGCAUACGCUCGCCUUGCGCGGACAGACCGGGCCGGAAUUCAUCACAAAGCGUUUACGAGCCUGUAGAUCCGGCGUGCCCGUCAGGGCCGUCCUAGUUACCGGCGCCCUGAUGAUGGUGGCUUACAUGGGGCGUUCCGGCGCUCCCGGUGCGCGACUCGACGAGCUCGCAAAUAACAGCACGGUUUCGUGCCUCGUUGUUUACGCCACCAUAUGCGCGACCUACCUAUACUUCUUCCGAACACUCGAGGACGCUAAGUUGUACGGGAAUGCGUCUGAAUCCCAAGCGGCUAGUUAUGACCGCGACCAUCCGUUGUAUCCAUACAAGUCCCACGGCCAGUGGCUGAAAGGCUGCUACGGCAUGGUGGCUUGUAUUAUCUUGAUUCUGUUCAACGGUGUGGCCGCCUUCCUCGAGCCGUUCAAUGUGCGCAAGUUUGUGUCGGCAUACAUCAGCCUACCGACAUUCCUACUUCUCAUCUUGGGGUACAACCUCCGGAAGCACGGCUUGAGGUUCUCUGACUGGUGGACUGACAAGUCCGGCGACCUAAGCAACACUGUGCAGGCAACCAGUCCGAAACGCAAAGGCAGGCUCGAAUUCCCGGACGUUGGGUUUACGCGAGAGAACAUGUCCACUUUCUUGGAGUGGAUUUGGGUAUGGAUGAAAUAGAGCGUUGGAGUCCACCAUCUUCCUGUUUGUGUGUUUUUGAUUAGAUUUGACUGUAGAAAUCACACUGCCUACCUGGGUAUUUAGAGAGGUGUUG